UCUCCCUCUCAGUUUUUCAGGGACCUGAACCCACAUCCUCUGUUCUGUUGAUCCAGAACCCAAUCUGUUGCCCCAGUAACCUGUACUGCCAUUUAGCUGACUUCCUGAUUGCCCUUCAGGGCAUACCUGCUGUCCUGGCCACCUGCAUCCCAGUGGAAACCUCAUGUGCCCAACUAGAAAGUUGGUACAGAAGAGGAUAUUGCCCACACAAAUCCUGACCCCACACAUUUUCCCUGCACCAUCAUAGCUACAACAGCCUUCCAACACUUUCUACAAAGGCCAGUUUUCCUGUUGUCAACUCUCUCUUCAGUUUUCCCUCCCCACAUUUUAGGAGCCAGGGUUUUCACCGAAGUCCUCCAUAAAAAUUCAGCUCUGGACUAGAACUCAGCCAUGGAGAAAUAAUUUCCAAUGGGCUUGGUUUGAGCAGCAGUCAAUGAACAAGCAGCUCUGUGCUGCUCCUUCUGCUGCACCUGAGUCACUCAGACCCACCAGUUCCUCCUGAUGGCCCAACCCAGCCCUGAAUUACUUCUGGCUGAGUCCAAACCAGCUGCACUGGACCUGCUAGGAAUGCAUGGGCAGGACGACGCCUCAUCAGACCUCAGACUGGAAACUCCUCCAGCGCUCCAGAGACAGAUCCCUCAGCAUGCUGGGCACACAGAGACUGCCCCAGCAUCCCCGCCAUGGUCCCCCAUUCCACUGGUACUCGGGAUAAUGUUGCUGUGCCUGUUUUUCCUGAUCACUGCCAGGAUCUAUGGUGCCAAGAUCAUGGAGCUGAGCAAAGAGAAGAAAACCCACAUCCAAUGUCCGCUGUCCUGCCCAGACCCAAACACAAGUGUUCAAGAAAUGCCACAGGAUCAGUCUCCUGACAAAGAGGAGAAGUGUCUGGUGCGGUGGAGUCACAAAACAAAGAAGUCCUACCUCUUUUCUCCUGAAAAGGGACCUUGGGAAAAGUGUAACUCCUCCUGCAGUUCUCACUUUGCCAGUCUGCUCACGAUUAGAAGCACAGCUGAACUGGAGUUCAUACUGACAGAGUCGUUUCACUAUUUUGAAGAUCGUGGAAGCUAUCUGCACUACUAUCCAUACUGGACUGGAUUGCUGUACAACUCUGAAAGAAGGAAGUGGGUCUGGGCUGAUGGCACAGAUGUCUCCCCUGACCUAAUUGUGCUCUUAAGCACACGUCAUGGAAAUGAUGCCCGUGGUCCUUGUGUGUAUGUCCAAGGAGGGGCAGCUAGGACGGGCAGAUGUGAGGAAACUCGAUUCUGCAUUUGUGAGAAGGCGAGAGAACAAGAAGGAAAAGAAUAAGUGCAUUGACCCAGAGACUGAUGGCACAGUGGGCACUGAUGAGGGAGAUUGCUGGAGCAGAGGGGACCGUGUGGCCGGGAAAGCGAAAUUAUCCCACCAGCAAGCCAUGAGGGUCAGCAAUUAUUUCAGCUGGCGGGCCAGUUAACCAGCUUUGGUGAGCUGUUGAGGACUGUGCACAUACCAUCUAUUAGAAGAUAUCAUUUUAAUUAAUUAUGGU